UUUGACGGGAUCCGUUUCCGUUGGAAGUUAAGCGGAAGGGACCCAGGUGGCGGCAUGGCGGCGGUUGUCGUGUGCGGCGCGCGGCGCCUGGCGGGGCGAGCGGCUUUUCUCUUGUCCGGGGCUUCGCGGCGGUCUACUCAGCUGCUUUGCACAAUGACCCAGGAAAAAAGCACUGGACCAAAUUUGGAAGAAGAACAAAGCCAGAGGCACAAUGAACAAAAACCUGAUUCUUGCUCUGGUGCAAAUAUAUUAACAGAGGAAAAGACUAAACUGGAAGAGCAAUUAAAGGAAAUAACUGAUAAAUAUAAACGUGCCCUGGCAGAUGCAGAGAAUCUCCGGCAGAGAACUCAGAAAUUGGUAGAAGAAGCAAAAUUAUAUGGAAUUCAGAGUUUCUGCAAGGACUUACUGGAAGUUGCUGAUGUUCUGGAAAAAGCAACUGAGUCUGUUCCCAAAGAAGAACUAAAAGAUGAAAACCCCCAUUUGAAAAAUCUUUAUGAAGGUCUUGCCAUGACUGAAGUUCAAAUACAGAAAGUGUUUAAAAAACAUGGAUUGGUGAAAUUGAAUCCUCUCGGAGCCAAAUUUGAUCCUUAUGAACAUGAAGCAUUAUUUCAAGUACCCACAGAAGGGAAAGAACCGGGCACUAUAGCUUUAGUAUCAAAGGUUGGCUAUAAAUUGCAUAGCCGUACUUUAAGGCCUGCAUUGGUAGCUGUUGUGAAAGAACAAUAGCAGUCUAAUCUGAAAGAAUUAAUAAGCAUCACAUAGAUACUAGUUAGAGUUCUUAAUAAUGCCCCAUUAUAUAGAGUUGAUUUAUCAAAUGAAAUGGGAUACAGAGGAAAAUAACGGAUGGGUGAUAAAGCAUAUAGAGCAAUGUGAAAAUGUUUUUAAAUGAAUGUAUAUAAUGUGGAGACAAUGCAAACUACAAACAUAAAUUACAGCAUCAAAUUAUAUAUAGUACCUUUUCAUUAAUGUAAGUCCUCAAGGAUAGCCUACCUAAUAACCGGGCAACAAGAAGAAUGCCAUAUAGAUAUUUCCACAUUGAAAUCUUUCAAACUGUUUGUGUCAUCUUGUUUAUGCUUCUGUUCAAGUCCUAUCCUAAGCUGCGAUUGCACUGUGGUGAAACAAAGAUGGUGGCAAGAUAUACAUGCACAACCAAUAAUGCAAUGAGAUCACUGGAAAUCAUUCCUUGUUGAUGCCGCUUAGCAUCUCAUGUGCUUUAAUUCAUAUAAAGGUGUCAGAAUAGUAUGAUGCUAAAGUAAUAUGCAAUUAAUCUAAAUAUUGUUAAUUGUUCACUGCUUACCUUUAAACAGAGAGUUGUUUUGCAUCACUAAGGAUAGAAGACAUUAUUGGAAAUGAGCAAAAUGAACAGGAGGUAUAGAUGACUAUGACAUGCAGUUAUAUAUGAAUGCCUUUGAAAAUUGACUCCUGCUCAAGUGGGUCAGCUUUCCUAUUUGAUUUCAGUCUUCCUGUAAGAGCCCAGCAGCUUGUCUUUUCUUUCCUUCUUUGUCUUUUCUUUGUGUCGUCUCAUUGCAAUCUUGUUCCUCAGUUUUCUUCCCAAUGAAGUUACCAUCUCUUUUCUAUUUUUCCUAAAGGGUGGGAAAUGGUGUCACGGACAUCUCUUUGUAUGAAUGGUCUGUAUGUAAGAAGUAAUUAGUAUAUGCAGAGGGGGAUCAAUAAUUUUUAACUGUAGUGUCUUGCAUUUAAUUUUGACAAUGACUUUUUGUCUUGAUUGUGCCCUUUUGGGGCAAAGUAGUAAAGGUCAUAUAUUGUAAAUUGAUAUAUUUGAUAUAUUCAUCUAACUCAAUGAGAGAUCCCGUGAUAAAAGUCGCACAAAAUGAGGUUUCAUCAGGCUGAAAAAAGGUACUGCUUCAGGAACAGUGGUAUUUGUACUUCUGUUACUUUAUUAGUAAGAAAGUGUUAAAUAGGACUGUAAUUGGUGACUUGUAUUCACUGGUGUAUGCAAUUUUCCCUAGCUAUUGAAUUCCAUCAUAAAAUGCAAGCACCAGAAAAUGACAACAUAUGAUCUUUAAUGUUAAAAAUAUUUAGCUAUAUUGUUUUGUCAUAUCUCCUUACUAUUGGAAAAAAAUUGUUAUUUUUUUAGAUUAAAUUGUGCGUGCAUGCAUUAUGUUGCCAGCCCCCAUGUGUACGAUAAGCUAUUUGUGACAGAUACGUACGGUUUGCAGAAUGAUAUAGAUCUAUCAUUAUCGACUGCAAGUAUAUUUUAAUAUUAUCCUUCUCCUGAAUAUAUACUAAAUUGGCAUGUUAGCAGAAAAACUUUCAUCACUUAAGUAGAAAUUACUGAUAUGCAAUAUGUACAGUUGCAUGCAAAAGUUUAUGCAUGCCUAAUCAAAUUAUAUAUUGCAAUGAAAUAGUGAACAGAAGUUGAAUUUUGAAUGCACUUUCUAUGCAUAAUGUUGGGACACUUUCAGAUGUCAGAUCUGUUCAGAUGCAGAACUGUCCUAAACAUACACCCAAAUUAACCAUGAAGUCCUUGUAGGAAAACAAAAUCAAUGGUUUUGGAAUGGCCAUUGUUCUCAUACUUGAAAUAAACAUUUGCAUACAGAUGGACCUAAGAAUAUUUCUAAGUUUAAAGACUUAUGCAAGAAGAGUGAGGAAAAAAGUAAUCCUAGAAGCUGUUACUUCUAGCAAAGGUGCUUGAAAUUCUAUCGGAAAGGAUACUCAGUUAUGCAUCUGCCAUAUUCACUUUAAAAAAAAAACUGCAUAUGCAUAGUGUGUAUUCAGAUUUGCAGAAAGAUGCUGUGUUUAAAUUGUACAACAUAAUUGUUUUGUUGGCUUCUGUUCAUUUAGAGAUUCACAGAUGCAUACAAUUUAUUCUGAACUUUUCCAUGCAACUGUAUAGUGAUUCUGAUUUCUAAGAUUGAGAAUACAAGAAAUUUUAAUGUAUCUCAAAGCACAUUUACUAGUAAUUAACUGACAAAUGAGUUAUUCUGCUGCACAUGUAGUAAAUUAUGUAUUCAAAAGACGUUUAGGAAUAAGCUUAACAAAAAGCUAUCAAGACUCAUUAUCCAGCAAAGUGAGUAGACCAGAAGUACGGUUUUAGUAAUGGAUAGUUUAUCAGAAUCUUGCCUAUGUAUAACAGAUUGUUCGUACCCACCAAUAUAAAAAAGUGUCUCUUUCCUUUUUAAGUAGUUUGUGGGGUAAUAUGGGAAGCACGGGUAUCAUAAAACCACUAAGAAAGUAAAAAAAACUUGCAGUUAAUGUUGAAAAAAGUAGCAGGAAAGGAAAUACAAUCAUUUCAGGACAACUGCCAAUGCCUUUUGUCAACUGCUACAUUGCUAAAACAUCUUGAAGCACACAGCAUCGUACACUAAUCACACUGUGAUCACCUGUUAUAUUCAUGUGUAGCUUGGUAAUAUGUACGUUUUUUAUUUUGGGAUUCUUGCCCAAGAUGGAAAGUGUGUUUAAACAAGACUUCCGGUUAGAUGUCAUGGCGUUACAGGCGCAGGAAAACGGGGUCUGUUUUCCACAUCUGAUUUCGCUCUGCUGGGGACUCUAAAAAGGGUUUAAAGUCGCCCCAGAGAGGCGACGAAGGGGACCCUCAUCGACCGCAGAGUGGUGGCAGCCCUUCUGUUUGAUCCGAAGAAGCUCUUCAAACCAGCAGAAGACUGGCCAACAACCCAAAAUAAGCACUAAUUAGCAACCUUUGAACAAUACAGAUGGAACUGGGUGAGAACGUAAUCCUGUAUAAUUUUAAAACUUCCUGGAAAAAAAUUCCCAAAGUAAAGAAUACCCCCAGAUGAUAGAGAGAAGGGGAUUCCCCCACCUUUUUCUCUCAGAAAAAGAGAAGCGGCCAAUAGCUUUCUUUGGGGGAAAAUUAGAGAAAACCACAAGAUUAAUUUGGAUUUAAUAUAGAGACAUAACUGACAAAUUUGGGGACUAAAAGUAUUUUUAAGACUUUCUUUUUGGAAAAGUUAUUUGGAAAGUUGGUGAAAUAAGUUUGGACUUAAAAGUUGGAAGAUGGAUGUUAACAUCUAGUGGUGAACUUUGGCAUUACAAUUUAUUAUGCUUAAAGAAAAUUUGGUACAAAGCCUGGACAUAGAUAAGGCUUUGUUGUUCCUGGAAACUUUCAUUUUUGCAGACUGCAGAUGGGAAAAGGGGGAAAAAAUCAUCAUGCUGUUUUAUCUGUAUGAAGGAGACAAUAAACCGUUCUGAAUUGGCUGGCCUGGAUUACAAAUAUUGACUUUUAGUUUCAAGAAUUAUCAAGAAAUAUUAAGAAACAGUGAGAAAGUUGCUUCGGGACUAUUUCUCUUUGGAAGAAACAUGGAUAAUCAACAAGAAAAUGUAAAUGGACUUCAGAAAAAAA